GCAGCUGUGAGGGGGGAAGCGGUGAAGUGAAGCGGGAAGGUUUGAUGUUGCCCAGUUACUCCAUUUUGGGGGCAUAGUUACUUACAUUGGGUGGUCGACCUUGGGUCAAUGUAUUUAUAUCUACAUGUAUAUUAAAAUAUACUAUAUUCCAUACAUGGGAGUGUUCGAUGUUGGAUAUUAGCCCGUACUGGAGGGCCAAAAGGCGUGUUGUUGGUGACCGUGGAGCAGAUCCUCAAGACGUCUAUAUUUUGGGGGGUGGUGAAAAUGUGCUUGUGCGGUUUGCAUGUUUUGACACUUGUUGUGGGUGUGACUUGGAAUCGAGAAAGAACACGCCAACACCAUCCAAAACUCGUUCAUUUAAAGCCACAAAUCUGUCCUCGUGAGUAGCGGUGCCUGUGUGAGUCGCCUUAGGCUUUGUUCUGCUUGUUUGAUGAGGCACAGCUGAGAGGUCUAUUUGGAUCAAGCAAGAGUUGAGUGAACUUAACAUUCCAUCGAGACAGGCCAUGCUGCUUUUGGCACGUGGUACAAGUGUCCUUCACCAGUCCAAAGCUUGUGGCUUUGUGUUUCAACGGAUUGCCACUGUGAUCGAACGAAUUGCGGGUGGCUCGGCAGUGGUGCGGCAUGAUGAAAGCAAGUUGUGUCAUGGAUACAUUUGUUCCACUUCGUCUAAUUUGUCAGCAAAGCGCUACAACACUCAUGAUGCAUUUGCACAAGUUGAUUUGCCGAAGCAGGGGAGUUGUUAUUUCUGGCGACAGAGGGAGGGAUUGAGCGCCCAUGCCCCUGCUGGGGAACAACUUGGCGCCGUAGUGAACACAGGAGAGAGCUUGGUAAUUGAACCCACAGAAGAGGAGAAGUGGCUGGCCUCUCAGCUCAAAAAGGUUGGCAACAGAAAAAAUGGACAUGGACAGUGGCAAAAAGUGUACGCUGAAUAUUCUGGGUUGAACCCAUUGGUGCUGACUGCUGCAAUGCAGGCAGCACUGAGACAGGGAGACUAUGAAGAAGGCUUUCACAUCUACCAAAAGGUCAGACAUAUGACAUUGCCGACGUAUGCGGUCUCCAUCAAGCUCCUUGGGAAGCUUGGUAAACUUGAUGAAGUCGAACGACUUUGGCGACAGCUGGUUGAGCUGGACCUGGUCAAUCGAUUUGUAGCUGGAAGCCGCAUUGAUGCUGCUGCAGACAGUGGAGACAUUCAAGCUGCAGCCAGAGUGCUCCAGUACAUGAAGGAGAAGGGUAUUGAGACCAUCGAUGUGCAUUUCAACUCAGCCAUCAAUGCUUGUGCCAAUAGCCAAGAUGCCAAUCGAGCAGACAUCGCUCAAGGCUUUUUUGAUGAGAUGUUGCGGACAGGAUUGAAGCCCACCAUUGUGACAUAUGCCACCUUACUUCGUGCGUUCCGACAAAUGCCCAAAGAACGUUUGUUGAACUUGUUGAUGGAUAUGAAAAAGCAUAAUGUGAAAGCAAAUGCAGUGUUUGCUGAAUCCUUUCUCUUCAUUUUUUUGCAGAAGCCUCGUGGGAAGACCUGCUGGAGAGAGCAAAGUGAGAUUGCUGUGCAGAUCAGGAAACUGCCUAUGGCGGACCUACGGGCUGCGAAGGAGUUUGUUGAUGAGGUAAAGCGUUCGAAUGUCAAAUUGAACAUGUCCAGCGAGCGGAUCGACGUUGUACUUCAGCUUCUCAUAGACGAAGCCCGCAGUAUAUUGGGUCAGAGACAUUAGACGAUGAUGAUUCGCUGUGGCCUUUGAGAGUAUCUUUUUUUCAGUGUAUUGCUUCAGAGUAGAAUGUAGUGACAUCGAUCACAGACGC